AUGGAUCAGGUGGAGGCGCAGGCGACCUUUCCUGCCGAGGGUCCGGCGGUCAAGCAGGAGUUUCGGCGCGAGCUCAAAGAGCUCAAGGAUUUCGGGACGAUCCUGCACAAGCUCGAGCGCCAUGCGACCGCUCACAAACAAGCCAAUGAGAACGAGGCCGCAUCCUCAGCCAAGUUGGCUGACACAUUGGAGCAAACGUUUGCCAAGCUGGUAGCACUACCCACCCCCGAUGACGACCGCUUGGCUGAAAACCUGCAGCUCUUAGGCAAUGCCAUUGCCAUGGGAUUUUCCGUCAUCCAUGAGCUGGCUGAACGCAAGCGCAAUCUGGCGGCUGGACUUGAGCGAAUGUGCAAGCACCUGCAAGACUUCAAGGACACUUACAUCGGCAAGGCUCAGACUCUUCUUGAUGACUUUGAGAAGCGCGAGGAAGCUUACUACAAGGACAUUGACAAGCAAAUCAGCCGUCGCCACGGCGGCCAUGCGCAGGACACUGACACCACUGAACAAUCAAGGGCGCGUGCCCGUCUCAUGCUGGCAGGCUUUGACUUCUCACAGCACAUGGAAGAAUGGGUGGACCAGCGGAUUCUAAUGUACGUCCGCCACAUCACCGCGUACCACGAAGGCUGUCUUGAUCAGCUCCGUGCCCACGACGAUCAGCUGCAACUGCACCAAAACACACACGACGAGGCCCUAAGUCGACUUCGGUCCAAUCAAGACAGGCGUCAAACUGAUCGACAAGCGCUUAUGCGCGCCAUAGAGCAACAAGUGUUACAAGGCGGCUUUGAGGAUGUCCACCCCGAAGGCACUCUCAUAACCGGCUACCUUUACUGGCAUCGCAAAGGUGGUCUGACUGCAUCCUGGGUUAGAGUCUAUGCCACCUAUGACCGCCCCUCUCAAAUGAUGAAACUCUUCGACGUAGCGAGCAAUACACAGAUUGAGGAGAUGCAGAUCGAUAGCUGUGUGCAACGCUAUAGCAGUGAUACGGAUCGCAAAAACUGCUUCGAAGUACACAACCGACAAGGCAAUGCCUUCAUGCUUCAGGCCCUGAACGCCACGGCUCGACAAAAGUGGAUCGCAGCCAUGGGCGGCUUGUCACCAACCAAAACCAUUCGACGCCGCAAGGUCAAACAAGCGAUAGAAAAGUUUGAGUUGACACCACAAGCUGUCAGCUUUAUACAACGGCUCAUGUCACAGAUUGAGCGGGACGGGUUGACUGAGCAGGGUAUCUAUCGCAUCCCAGGCCAGACGUCCGUGUAUACGCGCCUCGUCAACUCGGCCAUCGAACGAGGCAAGGCUGUCAAUCUGCAAGAGGUUGACAUUGCCUCGUGUGCAAGUGCUUUGAAGCAUUAUUUGCGUGAGCUCGAGGAGCCGCUCAUGACAACGGCAUUGACGCCAUUGUUUGUCAAAGCCAUCGCAUCUGGCUCCCAGGACGUGAAUGAACUUGUCCCAAACCUCAAAGUGGCAGUUCAACGGUUACCGCCCCUCAACCGAAGCGUGGCCAAGCUCUUAUUUCUGCACCUGCAUAAAGUGGCUGAGCACAGUGAUGCAAACAGCAUGACAGCUGCCAACCUAGGCCGAUGUUUUGGGCCAACGCUUUUUCGGGCAGGCCAAGGCGAUAUGACCUCCUCAAUUGCUGAUAUGCAAUACUAUAAUCGUGCUGCGGAACUGUUGGUCGAGCAUGUCAAGCCCAUUUUUGACGUGGGGUCCGAAGAAAGUUCGCCGUCGUUGCCCCAGACUGCUGCCGCCGUGCCCCCGAAACGAGCAUUGGCACCGCCUCGCCCGCCACCCUACGUUGCCAACGAUGAGGAAGAAGCUGAGGCUGACACGGCCGUGCUGGCACGCACAGCGUGUGUGCGCGCGCUGUACGACUGCGAAGGUGAUGCCGAGGAUGAGCUUUCGUUCAUGGCCGGCGACCUUAUCAUCGACGUCAAACAUAAAAUAAAGUCUGACAAACAUCACAUGGUCGCUUCGUGCCGCAUGGCUCGUGCUCUCUCUCCUCUCUCUCUCUCUCUCUCUCAAUUUACUGCCAUCAUGGAUGCGGCCGCUUUGUUGAGUGACUUGACGACUCGCUGCUUCGAGGAUGCCGAGCCGUCAGAGAUGCAGGUGGCGCUCACCUGUGAAGCUCUCGUGGAUCAUGGUCUCCUACAGCGUCUCGAUGGCACGGAUCCGACUGUCAUCCGCUGGAGCAAACGCCUCAAUAGCAGUCUUAAUGCCUCAAGCAACCCGGGCUCGGGCAGUCUGCGUCUGCUUCGAGCGACGCUGAUUAGCUGUAACCCACUCACGUUUUACACCAAUUGCCUCAACUGGACCAAGUUGCUUCUGCGACCUGCUUCGCAUGGCGCACUGCUUGAUACGGAUAUCUGCGUCGUCCUCGUUGACAUCUUGGCGACGGCUAGUCAGCGAUCUCUGCCCGAUGCAUGUUUGCGCAAGCACGUCGCUCCUCCUUCCUAUCAUUGCCACUUGUCUCAAGCAUUUUUGCUCUUCCUCGGCUGGUUCUUUUCCGGCAGCAUCAAGAACUACGUCGCGACCUCGGCGCGCAAGUUUUGCCCAACUUUCUCAAAGACUUUCCCCCGCUCGGUCUCUCCGGCUCUCUCUCCAGCUCGCUCACAAAACCGCUCUUCCUCUCUCUCCGUGAAGGCGCUAAGUGCAUGUUUUGCGGCGACAGCCAGCUGCAUUACCUCCAAAGACGCUCAAACAUUCUGGGCUGCUCUUCUUGAGGAAACAGUUAUUGUGUGCACUCAGAUGGGUAACGAACUUUUGCCUGGGUUGGUGGACGGCCAUCGCAACCAAGACCUGCCACCCGACUAUGCAUCGCUGCCGCUAGCCCAAGCCGAGCCACGUCGCACCCAAGAGUUGCUGCUCUUGAUCCAGGGCCUAUUAACGAUCGUCGCCGUGCUCCUACGAGCCCCGACUGGUUCCUGCGUGGACGUGCAUACCAACCUUCUCGGCCGUCUGCUCUCGGGCAUCUUUGCUGUUGACUGGCAUCGAGCUGCCACCUUGCGAGCGUCUGGUUUGCGCCGCACCCUCGUUAGCCAUCAUAUUACCAAGCUGCACACCUGCGCUGGACACGUUCUAGCUGCUAUCGCGGAUGCAUCACCCAUGCUGUGCUUGCGAGUCAUGAGUUGCGCCUUGCCAAGCUUGAAUACGAGUCUAGCCAUCUUCGUAGCCGAACUGUUACCCGUCCCCACCUGCGAUGGCGAGGUAAUCGCAGUGGCACUUGAUAGCGUGUGGCGUAGCCUACAAGGCUGCCCCAUGCUGCUCGAAGCCGUGGCCGCGGAAGAGCUCGCGGCGCUAGUUCAGACCUGCUGCCAAGCCUCGACGGCCAUUGAGCACAGCGAGCUGUCGCUGGAUGCUAAAGCCAUCAACACCGGUCUGGUGCAGCGGAAAAAGGGCGGCAAGCGCACCGUGUCUGCCCACAAUUCAUCCGCAGGACCCAUCAACUUCACUCGUCAGCGGCCUCGCAGCAACGCUCGGCUCUUUGUGACAGCCCUCCGAGUUUUGGAAGCGAUCGUGACUGCAACUCCAGUCGUUGCCACCAAAGUGAGCCAAAAGAUUGGUUAUCAUGCGCGCAUCAGUAGCAAGCUUGCUGGCUCCCUGCAUCCACCGAUCCCUUUCGAUGACCCCACUGUCCGAGUAGCCACCUAUCGCCUUUUGGCACGCUGCGCCGUGGCUAUUCCCGCAAUGAGCGCGGACUUUGCAAAUGCCGCUGUGUCAGCUCUGCAACGAGGCACUCUCGAUGUCAUGAUUGAGGUUCGCGCUGCGUGCCAGGAUCAUUUAUUCAUGCUGGACGGUGUCCUGAAGCCGCGCAGUCCUGCCGUACGCGUUCCUGCCACCGCAGUUGUGGCAACACUGGCUGAGGACAGCUCCGCUUCUGCUGCGCCAACGGACGGUCGCGCGCCCACAGCGGCGCUGACAACACCCUUAGACUCAUCCUUCGCCCAAAAUUUGUCAGACACUACGCCGACGAAUACAGAAGCGCCCCCUGCCCAAACUGAACCCUUGGCCCAACACGAGCCUUUGGCCCAUCACCCUGCAGCCAUCACCGCGUCUAGCCCCCAACGCUCCGUCCUGGCUCCUUCCACUUCUAGUGCAGUUACACCCGCCGACCCGACAGCUGGCAUGACAACACCGACAGUGUCGACAGCCUCUGCAGCGGAAACACAAGCAGAAAAGACUCCUGACACUACUGGGAUGCCCGAACCCAAGUUGCCCAAGGUCGAGGCUCCCGUCGCUGAGUUCACUGAUGUAGACACCACUACGGUUGAGGCGACUGCCUCUGAAGUCGCUCACUCGGCGCCGCCUGACGCCCAGUCGCAACUCAGUGCAGUAGGCACUGAGUUGGAGGACAGUGAUGUCGAGUUUGGAGAUGAUGAUCUCGUUGAUGCCGAUCCAGAUUCGGCUGAUGAAGCAUAA